GCUCGUCGUCCAUCUUCACAUCAGGGAGGAAACCGUGAGGAGUUCUUGCUUCAACAGUGUUUGAACGGAACUUCUUCUUUCGUCCUGCUUUUAUUUCCUUCAUUUCACCAAGAAUCCGUUCCCGACUCGAAGAACCGUCUCUGCUUCAACACUACUGACCACGUCAGCGUAAAGCUUUAUUUUUCUACCGAUUUUUGUUAAGAAAAACUCAAGAAUCGCCAGCCAAAAUGGAGUCUCAGGUGCGUCAGAACUACCACCGCGACUGCGAGGCCGCCAUCAACCGGAUGGUGAACAUGGAGCUGUUCGCCUCCUACACCUACACCUCCAUGGCCUUUUACUUCUCCCGUGACGACGUGGCGCUGAAAGGCUUCGCUCAUUUCUUCAAAGAGAACAGCGAUGAGGAGAGGGAGCACGCCGAGAAGCUGCUGUCCUUCCAGAACAAACGCGGAGGACGCAUCUUCCUGCAGGACGUCAAGAAACCGGAGCGUGACGAGUGGGGCAGCGGGCUGGAGGCCAUGCAGUGCGCCCUGCAGCUGGAGAAGAACGUCAACCAGGCUCUGCUGGACCUGCACAAGCUGGCCUCUGGUCACGGAGACCCUCACCUGUGCGACUUCCUGGAGAGCCACUACCUGAACGAGCAGGUGGAGGCCAUCAAGAAGCUCGGCGACUACAUCAGCAACCUGUCCCGCAUGGACGCCCACAACAACAAGAUGGCCGAGUACCUGUUCGACAAGCACACCCUGGGGAGCAGCAGCUAAAGUGGAAACGAGGUCGACGCGCGGGCUCCGGACUCGGCGUCGCCUUCCUGCUCCAGCUGUGCGUUCACUGAUUUCACAUCUAAUCUGCUUAAGCCCACGUUUGUUGUUGGGCUGCGUCGCUGUUUUUAAAUGUCACGUUAUUCGGGCGUGGCUCCGCACGCGUUGCUGGUGAGCCUCCCUCUUGUGUGACGUUUUUUGAUUGUGACCGUUUGUGAUCUGUUCUUAAUCUGAUUAAACGUUUUGAGCUGGA